UGCGGCAAUCCAUUCAAGCCAGCAAGUUUGGAGAGCGUGUUGAGUUGAAUCAAUUCAUAGUCGAGAUGGAGCCGGACUCACUGAAGUGGGUGGGCUCUUCUUGCGGUUUACAUGGACCCUAUAUAUUCUACAAAGCCUUUAAAUGUCACAGCCUGGACGGCAAACCGAGGAUCCUGUCGCUCGGAGACUUUUUCCUCGUCCGAUGUAAACCCGGGGACCCUAUUUGUAUCGCGGAGCUUCAGCUGCUUUGGGAAGAAAGGACGAGCAAACAACUUUUAUCCAGCUCUAAACUUUAUUUCCUACCCGAGGAUACCCCCAAGGGACGCUCCGCCAGCCACGGAGAGCACGAGGUCAUCGCCGUGUCGGAGAAGGUGAUUGUGCGCCUGGACGACCUGGUGAAGUGGACGGUCCCGGACGCGGCGGGAUGGGUCCGUGGACAGCACGCCCAGCCCCUCAAGGCGGCGGCGCUGAGGGAGCUGGGGCGCAACGGGCAGCGGGAGGCCCUGCACCGCUACCGGGAGAGCACCCUGACCAGCGGCCUCAGCUUCAGGGACAUCCAGCGGGAGAGGGCGCAGCUCGGCCAAGAGGAGGAUGGGAGCAAGGUCCUGGUCCUCAGCUACCCCCAGUACUGCCGCUACCGCUCGGUCCUGGCCCGGCUCCGGGACCAGCCCUCCUCCUCCGGGCUGCUGGUGGACCACACCGUGCUGGCGCUUGGCGGGAUCGCCGCCCUGGGGGGCGACACCAGAGUCCUCUACUGCCGGGACACCUUCGAGCACCCCGUGCUGCUGCAGAACGAGAGCAUCUGUGACGAGUUCGCGCCCAACCUCAAGGGCCGGCCGCGGAAGAAGAAGCUGUCUGUCUCACAGCGGAGGGACUCCCAGAGCCAAGGUCAGGGGUCCAUGCCGGGCUCAACUCAGGGGUCGGCCCCGGUGGCAUCACAGGAGCCCUGCAGUCCGUCCAGCAAAAAGAACCCUGCCAAGCUCAAACCCAGCAGCAAGGCGGCGGGAAGCGAUAGCAGAAUAAGCUCGGCCGCGAGGCCAAAGGUCAACGUCCAAGCCCGCAGGUCCUCGGAGGAGGAGAGGGAGCGAGGCAAAGAGAAGGACAGGGAGAAGGAGAAGGAGAAGGAGGAGAGGAGGGAGAAGAAGGCGGAGAAGAAGAAGCAGGAGGCGGAGGCGGAGGCGGAGGCGGAGGUGGAGGAGGAGAACAGCGCGGAGGAGCAGGCCUUCCUGGUGGCCCUCUACAAGUACAUGAAGGAGAGGGACACGCCCAUCGAGAGGAUCCCAUUCCUGGGCUUCAAACAGAUAAACCUCUGGACCAUGUUCCAGGCCGCUCAGAAACUCGGGGGAUAUGAGUUAAUCACGGUCCGCCGGCAGUGGAAGCACGUGUAUGACGAGCUGGGCGGGAACCCCAGUAGCACCAGCGCCGCCACGUGCACACGCAGGCACUACGAGAGGCUCCUGCUGCCUUAUGAGAGGAAUUUGAAGGGCCAAUCAGACACUCCGCUGCCCCUGGUCAAAGCCAAGAAGCAGGAGGGCAGCAAGGACAAGGCGGCCGCGGCCCGGGCCAAGGGCUCCGGGGCCAAGAAGUCCAAAGGCUCCCAUAAUCCCAAGCAGGGGCGGGAGAAGAGGGAGAAGGAGGAUGAGACGGAGAAAUGCAAGGAGAAGUUACAGGACUACGACGAGACGGAGGAGAGCGGCGAGCUGGCCGCGUGCGCCAGGCAGGAGGAGGGCCACCUGAAAGAAGACCCCGCCGUCAUGGAGGAGGAGGAGCUACACUUCAUCCUGAAGAAGGAGGAGUCCCUGGUCGCCGCGGACCCCCGCCCCGCCCCGUCCUUCAAGGAGAGCGGCGAAUGCAGAGCGAUACGCGCCGGCAUUGACGCCCCCCCACGCAGACUGUCCAGCCCCCCGCCCGCCAUCCUCCACGAGAAGCUCCCCUCCGAACUGCGGCCGGAGCCGGGAACGGUCGCCGUGCUCAACCCCCCCCCGUACCUGGCCCAUCGCUGGGACCAUCCCAACAAAGCAGCUGUGCGGGCGGGGCUGCCCGAGCCCGCGGCCAGGGGGCGGGACGGGGGUGCCGAGGGCCACGGGGGAAGGGUGGGCAAGGUGCUGCCCAUGUUCAAGCAGCCGGCGGCAGACAGACAAUCCGGGGACGCCUCGGGGCCCGACUCCUUGCCAGAGAAAAGAGACUAUGGGGUCCCGAGGAGCGAGGUGCACCUGUCCCCCCCGCAGCUCACCGCAUACUGCAGCGCGGGCCAGGGGGUGAUGUCCCCCCUGGCCAAGAAGAAGCUUCUCUCGCAGGUGUGUGACACCAACCCCUUCUCCUACACCCCCCCCUCGGCGCCACUCCCUCCCCCGGCGCUGCCCCUCCCUCUCCCGCCCCCCUCGUUCCCCACCAGCGAGCGCGACCGGGAGAGGAGGGCCGGCGCCGGGGGGGAGGCGGGUGGCGUGAGGCCGGGUGACGUCACUCACGCCCCCCGUGUGAGUGACGUCCCCCCGGAGGUGGCCACUGUCUUCAGGCCGUCGGUCAUCCAGCACGCCCAGAGCGCCAAGCCCCUGCACCCGGCGGCCGGCGGCGACCAGGCCGAGAGGAACCCUCUGGGCGAGCUGUCGGGGCCCUACGCCUGCCGGACCAACCACCACCUCCAGCCGCAGGUCUCCCCCCCCUGGCAGCCCUACCUGCCCCAGCCCCCCGCCCAGAACGGGGCGGAGAAGCCCGGGGAGAAGCUGCUGCACGGCGGGCCCCCGGCGCCGUCGCCGUCGCACAACCCCGGCUACGUGGCCGACUGCUACUCGUCGCCCCACCUCCACAGCCUCUACCGCCAGACGGAGAACUGCCUGAGCCACGACCGGAUGGCCGGCCAGAAGAGGGGGCAUUACGUCCGCGACGGCGAGGGCCGCGAGGGCUUUGUGUGCAGCGGCGUUGGCCUGGAGUGCGAGGGCCUGGCCUUCAGGUCGCACUACGGCGACCGGACUCAGACGCACGGCGACGGGCGCCACACCGACGACCAGCCCCGGGACUUCACCAUCGCCAAGCCUCUCUCCCAGAGGCUGUCCUCCUUCUCCAAACCCCCGCCCUUCUGCAGCCUUCAGUAUCCCAUCAUGCACCAGGGCGGGCUGGACUCCCACCCCAAGGCGUGCAGGGUCCCCCCCAUGACCGUCUCCUCUCCCAAACCGCAGGGCGGCUCCCCGGACCCCUCGCCCCCGUGCUUCCCCGGCGGCGGGGGCAAGGCCUCCCCGGACGCGCCCCACACCAGCCCCUGCCGGCCCCCCUCCAAGCGGAGCCUGGGCGAGGCGGAGAACGAGGGCGCACCGGACAGGAAGGUGCGCGUGGUGACGCCCAUGCACCCGGCCGGCCCACUGCGCCGGGGCGACCCCGAGGACCUGAAGCCCGCCGAGCCGGCGCACGCCGGCCACCUCAACACCCACCUCCCCGAGGGCCACCCGGCCACCGCCUACCCCUCGCCGCUCUACCCGGGCAUGUACGUGUCGGCCCGGCCCCAGGACGGUCUGCACCAUCAACAGCAGCAGCAGCAGCACCACCCGCACCACCAUCACCACCACCACCACCCGGGGCUGCAGUACCUGAAGAGCCAGACCGCGGUGUCCCCCCUGGUGCCCCCCAUGGCCUUCCACUCCAUGCUGUUCCACCGGCAGCUGCUGGCCACGGGGCCCAGCCCGCACCACUUCUACCGGCACCCGGGAGGGGCGGCGCUGUACGGGGACCUGCUGCACCACCUCUACCCCCUGUCCACCCUGCCCCCGCCACAGCUCUCCUCGGUGCACCCCAGCACCAGACUGUGAGGAGGGAGACGCAGGCGGGCGGAGAGGGAGAGGAGGGGAGAGGAGGGGAGGAGCAAACCGGAAGGAAUGACCACCACGUCGAGAGUAGAGAAGAAAUAAACAAUGCCCUAUGUUUUCUUUUUGCUUCCUCUUCGUCCUCUGCUCUCGCGUCCCUCCCUCCCGUAAAGUGACUCAUCCAUUCAGACUUUUCUGUUGUUUAUUCUGGUUCUCUGGGAGAAGGCUUGUCUUAAGUCGGAAUGCAAACACUGACAAUGAAACGCCGCUAGGUUACAGAGUGACGCGGCCACCGCUUAAACUGACUCAAAUUCCACUUAUUUUUAUUCAUUGUAUUAUUUACUUUUGCACUGUUAUGAUUUCAUUACCACUCACUGUAUUUUAUUGUUUUUAAUGUUAUGGUUGUAUCCUUUAUUUGCACAAUGCUGGUGUGUAUGUGCUCACAAAUCAGUCAGUCAACCUCAGUCACCGCCUGUCAGGUUGUCGCUCUCCACCGCUAAACGGGGGGGGGGGGGCGGGCCGGGAGAAGCCAUUUGUUUACUGUGUCAGAGAAUGGCAUACAUUUAUUGCUGAAAUACUAAACAAACACAUUCAAAAGAGGAACCAGGGCGCUCGAUAAAGCCUGCACCUCUAACAUGUAGGGGUGCGCUUUCCAUCCCGAACGGGAAACAGUUAUUGAGUGUAAUGGCACACUUCAGCCAUAGGGUGGCGGUUGCAUUUGUUUACAUGUCUCCACGCUGAAAAUUGUUGCCUGUUCUUUUUUCCUUUUGCUACAGCACAUUUUCUGGUCACUCUUUGAAGGCAGGGGCUGAUGUUGCUCUUUUGCAGAACCACGCAAAGACCAAUAUUGGACUCAUGGUAGCAGUUUGGGGUGCUAAAGUAUUCAUGCAUGUACUGUAAACUCAACUUCAACUCAAUUCAGGUUUUUAUUAAGGAAUUAUGUCAGGAUAAUUAGAAAUGCAGAAUAGUUACUUUAUUUAAUCUAUUGACCAAUCACAAGUUAAUGUUUAUUUUUGUAUCAUUGCAAUCAUUUAAAAAAUUGUUUGGAAGUAGAAUGAUCCGAGCUCUCUGUAAUUAGUGGACUUGUAGCAACUUGUUUUGUUCUUUCUUACUAGCAUUAUGGAAUGCUCACCUCAAAUCCACUUAUUUUUUUAUUUUUGUUUUCUGUUUUCUGUAGGCUCCCAUAUUGAUUUGAAUAGGAAUGUUGGCAGUGAACUCUGUUGCUUUGCGUAUACCUGUGCCUUCGCAAUCUUAGUUUUAGAGUUAGCACGACAAUUAAGGUCCAUCUUAAAGAGUAGCAAUUUAAGAGUAUCAUUCAUACUAUCAGUGUUGACUGUAAAGCAGCACAGGCAUGCACACACACACACGCACACACACACACACACACACACACGUGCACACACACGCACACGCACACACGUACACACACAC